CGCCACCAAUGCCUGUCCAAGAAAGCCACGCAUCAUCUCCGGCGACCGCCGAUAACGGCGGAGAAAACCAGGACGAAGCGUGGGUAUGGGCACAGAUCAAAGCCGAAGCGCGCCGAGACGCCGAGUCCGAACCAGCACUCGCUAGUUACCUCUACUCCACUGUCAUAUCUCACUCCUCACUUGCUCGCUCUAUUUCCUUUCACCUCGGCAACAAACUCUGCUCCUCCACGCUACUGUCAACACUCCUCUACGAUCUCUUCCUCAACACCUUCUCCUCCGAUCCCUCUCUCCGCUCCGCCACCGUCGCCGAUCUCCGUGCCGCCCGCUGCCGUGACCCAGCCUGCAUGUCGUUCUCUCAAUGCUUGUUAAAUUAUAAGGGCUUCUUGGCUCUCCAGGCUCAUCGGGUAGCUCAUAAAUUAUGGGUUCAGAACCGGAAGCCGAUUGCGUUUGCGCUACACUCGAGGGUCUCCGAUGUGUUUUCGGUUGAUAUACACCCGGCGGCGAGGAUAGGUAAGGGGGUGUUGCUGGAUCACGCAACGGGGCUGGUGAUCGGAGAGACGGCAGUGGUGGGAAACAAUGUGUCUAUACUACAUCACGUGACGCUUGGUGGGACAGGGAAGGCCGGUGGAGAUAGACAUCCCAAGAUCGGGGAUGGGGUUUUGAUAGGGGCUGGGGCGACGAUAUUGGGAAAUGUGAGGAUUGGAGAAGGGGCGAAGAUCGGGUCGGGUACGGUGGUGCUGAUUGAGGUGCCGCCGUGGACGACGGCGGUGGGAAAUCCAGCGAGGUUGGUAGGUGGGAAAGAGCAGCCUACGGUGCAUGAGGACGUUCCUGGGGAGUCCAUGGAUCAUACCUCGUUUAUUUCCCAGUGGUCUGAUUAUAUUAUCUGAUCGAUGUUUUUGAUCAAUAUGAGCAGUGCAGUAGUGGUAUGUGGUUGUGUGACUUCUGUCCCCGUUGGACCGUUAAGUUGUUCAUUGUCUAUAAAAUGAAGUUUUUACUAUGUAGAAAUAAUAAUGGAGAAAAGCAUUUUGUUGCUUUUGAGAAUUUGAAUUUUUGAGGACCAAUUUCUCUUCAUUUUAUAACUUGUCUUAGUGGUUUGCAAAAUCCCUUUAACAUUUGUUGAAUCGAAAU